GGCUCUCGUCCCAGUCCCAGUCCAGUGUCCGUCCCAGUCUCUCCAUCUGUGGUCCGCCCUCCAAUCAGGCCUAGGGCCCCCUCAGCGUCUGUGUCACGCCCCCCACACCGAAUCAGCCUCACUACGCCCGACAUCAUAUCGCUUCGCCCUUCCGACGGCCUUCUUCUUCGGCGCACAUCCCCUCCCUCCACACCCUCCCACACCACCACACAGUAAUCUAAUCACCCCAUCCGCCCACAAUGCCCGGCCACCUACGCACAAGGUUAAAGCGUGUCCUCACGGCUGGCUCCCACAGGAUCGCAAAGCCAGAAGAGCCAGAGUCCGACUUCUACAAGCCUGGAGAGAAGAUGCCUCCGCUCAAGUACCGCCGUGCCGUCGACCCAGAGCACAAGAAGAAGCUCGAGGCCUUUAGCUUUUCGACUGCAUGGCGCCGACACAGCAACGCCUCGCUCUACUCACCCAUGGGAAGCAGGCUUCCCAGCCGUCGGAGCAGCUUUAGGCGACGCAGCCGCAGCCGCAGCAUGCACCGCAGCAGAAGGGGUAGCUGUGCCUCAGACUACGACCCCGAGUCUGAGUGGGUAGAUAGCGGCAUUGGUGCCAGCAUUGCUGGCGACGACAGGCCCGCCAACAUCAAAGAGGCAUCCGACGACGAAGGUGACGUCCUGAAUGUCGGCCUCUCUCGCAAUCCUACCGAGGAUCCUCGCGAUGCUCGCCGCAAGCAGUCACAAGGCGCCAUUCGAACUAGCGAUGGCCGCCAAUCAUCGAGGCCUGCUACUGGAUCAGAUCGCACCCGCCAGGCUUCGCAGCCAUUUUCGGCCGAAGAGCUCGAAAUGGCGCUACAGAGAUCACACCUCGAGGCCACCAAAGAAGAAUCGGACAAGAGCGCAGCAGAGAGUCCAUUUGAAGACUUUGACGACCCCAGCCCAUUCCUGAGACCGCGCGGUGGAUCCAUCUACGUGCCAUACAACGGCCAAGGAACUCCGCCAAAGCUGCCCUUUUGGGGCACCGCCUACCCUUCAUGCGACGACGAGCUAUCGAGCGGCCACUUUUCCAGACGUGCAUCAGUAUUCCUCUCUGCCGAGGGAUCGAGCACGCCACAAUACGAACGCAGCGGGUCCUUCUUUGUGCCAAAAGACGCCUCGGGGCUCUCCCAAGCGCGCCGGGCCUCAGCCUCCAGCUCCGACGAGGACGAGUGCGUAUGCCCGCCUCCUGCUCCUGCUCCUGAGGAGCCGAAACGCAAAAUCCAGCCCUGCGCCCCGUGUGACGCCGUGGCUGCCAUUCUCGCCAGACCCGACUAAUGCCUGCAUCCACCUUUACCUUUUCUUCACUGUCAAUAUUUGAUGCGUCUGAACUAUUCUUGCCAUUGCAUUUCCCUGGCGUUAUUUCCAUGUAAGAACCCUCGGACUGGUUCCAUGUCUUGGUGCUGGGAUUUGGCAUUAUUUCUUUUGGUCUACUACAUGCAUUGGGUGGGACUUGUCCUAUAGAAUCCAUUGACUAUGAUUUUCGGCAUUUCGUCAUGUCGACGGAACUUUCGACAUUGCUUUUUCUUACCAUCAUGAGAUGGUAUGGUUUUUUUUUGUGCGGUAAUUGGCCGCUUCUCCCCCAAAAAAUGCACUUUGGAACUACAGGCGCAUGCAUACGCAAUAGUCGAGAAUGAACAAAUCUACUUGUGC